CUCUCGCCCUUGGGAUCGGCGGGUUUUUGUUUUUUUCUGAGGUAAAAAGGAAAGGAAAAGAGAAGAAACGCUCCUCCUCUUCUCUGUUUAUAUAUAUCUUCCCACGCCCGCUCCCUCUCCCUCUCUCUCUCUCCCACUCUCUGCAAAACUAGGGUUUUCCUUUUCCUGAAUAGAAAUGAUAAAGCUCGAAAGGCUUCAAAUGGGCGUGGAUUUUCGAUUCUUGUAGUUUGUUUGUUUGUUUGUUUUUUUUUUUUUUUGGGAAUUUAGGAAGGCAGAUACAGUGGGCGGGUUGGAUAGUCAUGACCGAUUUCCAGCAAUUGCAGCAAAAGCAAGAGACGAACGAUGUCCAUGCUGAGUUCCGGCGCGGGCUGGAGGAGCUGAUGCGGGGCCACCUUGAUGAUUGCAUGUCCCUCGCCUCGUGCAGCUCCUCAGCCCGGGAUCAGGACGACGAUGACGAGGACGGUGAUCAGCUCGUCCGCCGCCGCCGCCGUUCGGAUCUCGAGGGUGAUGACCUAGCGGAGUCAUCUGCCGCUCGGAGGCGCCACUCCCGCAUCCUGAGCCGAUGGGCCGCCCGUCAGGCACAGGAGAUGAUCACCACCAUCGAGAGGCGGAACCGGGAGUCGGAGCUGAUGGCCCUUGCCGGCCUGCACACUGUUUCCAUGCUCGAUUCAUCUUUCCUGAGGGAGUCACAGUCUCCAACCUCCCGCUGGCAGGGGGCCGUCGAGAGGCCAGCCACCCAAGCUUCGUCACUCCUCCAGAUGUGGCGGGAGCUUGAGGACGAGCACAUGCUCAAUCAUGCCCGGGAACGGGUGCGGGGCAGGUUGAGGCAGCAACAGAGUGCAGGGUCAAAUAAUGAUGUUUCGAGCGUGAUUGCAUCCGAAAGCCGGGUCAGUGUGCCCCAAGGCAGCUCUGAAGAUGCGAGCGAGAGUGAGAAUGAGUAUGGGAUCUGGUCCCAAGGCCAAUUAGGGUUGCAGAAUGAUCGCGGGGACAACAAUUCUAGCAGGGAACAGUCUCCUGAUCUCGGAGAAGGUGAGAGGGAGCGAGUGAGGCAGAUUGUUCGUGGAUGGAUGACGGACAGUGGGAUGAGUGACCAUGGGUCACAAGUUUCUCAAAGGAAUGGCAGUCAGAGGGCAGAAUGGCUCGGUGAAACCGAGCGGGAGCGGGUGAGGCUUGUGAGGGAGUGGGUCCAAAUGACAAGUCAGCAGAGAGAUGCCCGUGCCAAUAGAAGGCAGGAACAAGCCUUGGGACCUGGUGUGGAGGUUGAUCAGGUUCGGGAUGGGUUGGUCCAUGCUGAACAGGAUGAAGGCCAGCCCGAGCAUAUACGUCGGGACAUGCUGAGAUUGCGCGGCCGGCAGGCACUCAUUGAUUUGCUUGUGAGGAUUGAGAGAGAAAGGCAAAGAGAACUUCAGGGCUUGCUGGAGCAUAGGGCUGUUUCAGACUUUGCUCAUCGCAACCGCAUUCAGUCAUUACUCAGAGGUAGAUUCUUACGAAGUGAAAGAUCUAAUGAUGAUGAGAGACCACCUUCAGUAGCAGCAAGAGAACUAGGUCAGUUAAGGCAACGACACACAGUCUCUGGUUUGAGGGAAGGUUUCCGUUUCAGAUUAGAGAAUAUUGUUCGUGGUCAAGUGAGCAGCCAGAUCGAUACUUCUGCCAAUCAGAGUUCUGCUGGCUCUAGAAAUGAUCAGUCUCAAGCAAGUGCUUCAGAUGAGGUACCAGAUGAAAAUCAUGAACAAUCUCAACGUGGGAAUCAGGAAAGUGAUAUUCAUCGAAUUUCAGAGCAGACGGGAGACUUGGACAGCAACACUCCUGUUGAAAGUAUAAAUUGGCAAGAAUCUCCUUCCCAAGGAGGGAACUGGCCGGAAGAAGUUACAGAAGAUGGGGAAAGGGACUGGCAGCAAUCUAAUGAAGUUGGUUUUAGUGAAUGGCAAGAUGGUACUGCAGAAGAAAUGGAUGGAAACUGGCAGGAGAAUGCAGCUGGGGAUUGGCCCGGGGAAGUUCCGGAAAAUGAAGGUGGAGAAAAUAGCCACCUGCAAGAAACACAUGAAUGGCAUGAAGAUGGUUCUCAAGAGGUCGUGGAAAAUUGGCAAGAUGGGCCUUCUGCCCCUCCCAGAAGUCGCCGGGUUGUUCCUGUUAGAAGGUUAAACAGAUUCCACCCACCUGAUGAUGAUAAUGUAUACAGUAUGGAACUCAGGGAACUUCUUAGCAGGAGAAGUGUCUCUAAUCUUCUUCAUAGUGGAUUCCGUGAAAGUUUAGACCAAUUGAUACAGUCAUAUGUUCAAAGGCAAGGUCGUUCUCCCAUCGACUGGGAUCUGCCAAGAACAUUGCCGACUGCUUCACCAGAGGAAAAUCAGGAGCAGCAGAGAGAUGAUCAGAAUGAUAAUCAACCAGAAACUGUGGCUAGACCACCGCUUGUGCUUCCGUCUCCUCCGGCACCACCACCACCACAGCCGCUUUGGCACCAGGAACUGCAUCAUGCUAAUUGGCCUCGACACAGCAUGCAUCGUUCAGAAAUUGAGUGGGAAAUUAUUAAUGAUUUAAGAGCUGAAAUGGCUAGACUUCAGCAAGGGAUGAGUCACAUGCAGAGAAUGUUGGAGGCCUGCAUGGACAUGCAACUAGAGUUGCAGCGCUCAGUUAGACAGGAAGUCUCAGCUGCUUUGAAUCGCUCCUCCAGCGGACAUGGUGGUGGGAUAGAAUCAUCAGAAGAUGGAUCAAAAUGGGGUCAUGUGAGAAAAGGGACAUGCUGUGUCUGUUGUGACAGCCACAUCGAUUCCCUGUUGUACAGAUGUGGGCACAUGUGCACUUGUUCCAAAUGUGCAAAUGAGUUGUUUAGAGGCGGAGGGAAGUGCCCAUUAUGUCGUGCGCCCAUUGUCGAGGUGAUUCGAGCUUAUUCCAUACUGUAAAUAAAGAGGAAAAAUGACAGGAAAAAGGAAAAAAAAGGAGGAAGAAGUCGGGGGCCGUGUUUUAAGAUGAAAGAGAACGCUGGACGUGCUCUUUCCUUCUUUCUUUCUUUUUUUUUUUUUUUUGGGUCUUUUUUUUUUUUUUUUUUUCACUGAUAUCUAUAAAAUUGAUGUUGUCAUUGUCGCAGCUGUUGUUCUAAUUAUGUAAUUGCACUAGGAAUAACAAAUGGACACUUUUCGAUUCAUCAUCAUAUUCAUGCUUCUCAAUAAAGAAAUUUUUGAGUGGAA